CCGCCGCCGCGCCCGCCGAGCCGGAGGAGGCGGAGCUGGCGCUGUCCGGGCUCCGGAGCUGGGGAGGCAGCCGGGGAGGCGGCCCGGGCGGGGCAGCGGGGCAGGCUGGGCGCUCCCGGCGAGAGGAGUCCGCUCCAUGCGCGCGGGCCGAGCCCGGCCCCUCCGAGCCGGCGACAUGAAGAAAGACGUGCGGAUCCUGCUGGUGGGAGAACAGUUGGGAAGACGUCGCUGAUUAUGUCUCUGGUCAGUGAAGAAUUCCCAGAAGAGGUUCCUCCCCGAGCAGAAGAAAUCACCAUUCCAGCCGAUGUCACCCCUGAGAGAGUUCCAACUCACAUCGUCGAUUACUCUGAAGCAGAACAAAGUGAUGAGCAGCUUCAUCAAGAAAUAUCACAGGCAAAUGUCAUCUGCAUAGUUUAUGCUGUUAAUAACAAACAUUCAAUUGAUAAGGUAACAAGUCGAUGGAUUCCUCUCAUAAAUGAAAGGACAGACAAAGACAGCAGGCUGCCUUUGAUAUUGGUUGGGAACAAAUCUGAUCUGGUGGAGUAUAGUAGUAUGGAGACCAUCCUUCCCAUUAUGAACCAGUACACGGAGAUAGAAACCUGUGUGGAGUGCUCCGCAAAAAACCUGAAGAACAUAUCAGAGCUAUUUUAUUAUGCACAGAAAGCUGUCCUUCAUCCUACAGGGCCCCUGUACUGUCCAGAGGAGAAGGAGAUGAAGCCAGCUUGUAUAAAAGCCCUUACUCGUAUAUUUAAAAUAUCGGAUCAGGAUAAUGAUGGUACGCUCAAUGAUGCUGAACUCAACUUUUUCCAGAGAAUUUGUUUCAACACUCCAUUAGCUCCUCAAGCUCUGGAAGAUGUCAAGAACGUAGUUCGAAAACAUAUAAGCGACGGCGUGGCUGACAGCGGGUUGACACUGAAAGGUUUUCUUUUUUUACACACACUUUUUAUCCAGAGAGGGAGACACGAAACCACGUGGACUGUGCUCCGACGAUUUGGUUAUGACGAUGAUCUGGACUUGACACCUGAAUAUUUAUUCCCCUUGCUAAAAAUACCUCCUGAUUGCACUACUGAAUUAAAUCAUCAUGCAUAUUUGUUUCUCCAAAGUACCUUUGACAAGCAUGAUUUGGAUAGAGACUGUGCUCUGUCCCCUGAUGAGCUUAAAGAUUUAUUUAAAGUUUUCCCUUACAUACCUUGGGGGCCAGAUGUGAAUAAUACAGUUUGUACCAAUGAAAAAGGCUGGAUAACCUACCAGGGCUUCCUUUCCCAGUGGACGCUCACCACCUACUUAGACGUGCAGCGGUGCCUGGAGUAUUUGGGCUAUCUCGGCUACUCAAUAUUGACAGAGCAGGAGUCUCAGGCCUCAGCCAUUACAGUGACAAGAGAUAAAAAGAUAGACCUUCAGAAAAAGCAAACCCAGAGAAAUGUGUUCCGAUGUAAUGUCAUUGGCAUGAAAGGCUGUGGUAAAAGUGGAGUUCUUCAGGCUCUUCUUGGAAGAAACUUAAUGAGGCAGAAGAAAAUUCGUGAUGAUCAUAAAUCCUACUAUGCAAUCAACACUGUUUAUGUAUAUGGACAAGAGAAAUAUUUGUUGUUGCAUGAUAUCUCAGAAUCGGAGUUCCUAACUGAGGCUGAGAUCAUUUGUGAUGUUGUGUGCCUGGUGUAUGAUGUCAGUAACCCCAAAUCCUUUGAAUACUGUGCCAGGAUCUUUAAGCAACACUUUAUGGACAGCAGAAUACCUUGUUUAAUCAUAGCUGCAAAGUCAGACCUGCAUGAAGUUAAACAAGAAUAUAGUAUUUCACCUACCGAUUUCUGCAGGAAACACAAAAUGCCUCCACCACAAGCCUUCACUUGCAAUACUGCUGAUGCACCCAGCAAAGAUAUCUUUGUUAAACUGACGACGAUGGCCAUGUACCCAGACAGACUCUCCCGGGACACGGGCCACACUGAUAGAAUAGAGCAUUUGAGAAAAAUCUGGGUCUUUCUAAAAACUGCUUUCCAUGCCCGGUUACGCUGUAUGUGCACCUGCAACAGGUGUACAUUUUGCAUCUGUCAGAACUUCCUCAACUCAGACUUGCUGCAAUCUGUAAAGAACAAAAUCUUCACUGCAGUUCUUAACAGGUUAAGAGCCCAAGUAGCCGAGUGGGGUGCCAUGCUGCUAGCAGACGCCGAGGGCAGCAUUACCCACCAGGUGCACGCCGUCAGCUCCGUCGAAGAGUCCAUCUUCAUGGAGUCAUCUCGUGGUCCACUUUUUCUUGAAGCCAGGUAACAUUUCCCACGAGCAGUGCUUGGCCUUGGUGGAGUUUUUCCUCUUGGAAAAGCUGAAACCCGGGAUUCUCUUCCCUAACUUUAAAAAAACCAAAGAAAAGACCGCUUGCCUGUUGGAAGAACUAACUCACAAGGUGGAAUGAACCUGCAUUAUCACUUUGCUUUGUAAAAUAAUCAUUAUAUAGAGGAGUGGCUCUUUUUAAAAAAUUUAAGUGGGGAGGCUAAUUGGACUGUGCUGUGUGUCGUCUUGCCAUGGUGAGCAGCAUGGAGCACCCCGGCUUGUGUUCCAGACGUGUUUCUAGGGGGUUUGUGACAACUAAUCUGACUUUCACUCUUUAAGUAUGACCAGGGCAAGUUAGUUUGGAUGUAGUUGAUAUUCUUGGCUCUUAACUCUUUUUGCCUAUGUCAGUGUGUGGCUCUUAAUGAUGUCUGACUUCUGCUCUAAUUUUAUUUAACGCAGUUACAAAAUAACUCAAAAGAGUUUCCAUAAGCUCUUAAUUCUAUGCUUUUUCUACACCACCUCAAUUGCAUUCACUUAACUAAAAUGUCAGUGCCACUUGAAUACAGUGUUGCAACCUUUGCUUUAAAGCUUUCUCCUCUUCAUGGUAAGCUGUCAUACUUGAGACUCUCAAGGGUGCCUAGCAGUGUUACAUCUGCGCAUGCUCACGGACUCUAUGGUACAGACCGUCCCUGUUCGUGUCAUACAUAACACAGCUUCUUUUAUGUCACUGACCUUCAGUCAUCCUGUUACAUUGUAUCCUUGGUUGGUACCAUUAUCACCGCCUGUCCAACUAACGCCAGGGUUUGAUGUAUUCUUGUUCUCUUUGUUUUUUCAUCAUCAGUAACCAAAUUAAUAUAAACUUGGUAAAUCUUACUCCUCCCCCUUUGGGAUGUUUUUGGUAAACUUUAAUGGGGAUCGGUGUUUCCAAAAUUCAGUUUAAGCAUUACUCUUAGAAAAGUAUUAUCACUUGUCACUUCAUUGCUUACAACAUACCUUGUAGUUCCUUGGGAUUGGACAUUGCCCAUUAAGGUCCUGAAAUUGACCUUACAUUGUAAGAUCUCAGCCUCACCUCAUUUGGAAGCAUCUGGUGGUCUUACAGAGAGUGUUGGGUUUAUUUGUCUAUAUCCCAUUUCCCAUGUGAAGAAAAUGUAUGAAAAUUUAGAUCUAUUGGGGCUGGAAAGAGUACAGCAGGUAAGGCGCUUGCCUUGCAUGCAACUGACCUGGGUUCAAUUCCCAGGGUCCCAUAUGGUCCCUUAAGUGCAAAGCCCGGAAUGAUUCUUGAAUGCAGAGCCAGGAGUAAGCCCUGAGCACAGGCUGGCUGUGGCCAAAAAAAAAAAAAAAAUUUAGAUGUUAUUAACUUCCGAGUUGUAGCUUUGUCAGUAAAGACAUUUGUCUCUAUUAAUGCCUACAUGUAAGUAAUGUAUAGGUUAGGUGGCUCUUUGAUCAUUUUUUGUAAGCAUUAUUGUAUGCAAUUCGCCUGACAAGUGUGCUAAUACUUCCCUAAAAGUACACCGCUUUAUAACUGGUGUUUUCAUUCAUACUAAUCAUGUUUUAAAU